AAAGUUAUUUCUGUGUUUUUGAUUUGAAUGGUAAAGCGUACGCUCUCCCAGUCCCGGUAGCGUAAGGUUAACACUAGAGACUAGAGUCAAAAGCAGCGACAAAGACGACAGCAGCCAUCAGUUAACAGUUGGUCAGUUGGUCAGUCAGUUGGCCAGCAGCGGAAGCUACGGAGUUGGCAAAACGAUAGAUGUGACUGUGAUUUAGUUAACGAUUAUUGUUAUAUCAACCAACACACAAUUGAGAAACACAAAAAUAAUUGAAUAUUUGUGCGACUGUUUAUUGGUGCGCGUGUUUAACAAAUGAUUCAAUGACUAUUACAAGUAUUUCAAGUAUUAAAGUCCAAUGCAAGUCUAAAAAUAAGAAUAGUGUUUAAACAAAUACCAAUUAAGCAAAAGUGAAUUAUUUUGCAUGUCAUCGAAGAAGUUCUAAAAAUUGUCAGUGAAUAAUUAUUGUAGUUUUUCUCGGAAAAUUAUUUUGACUGACAGCAAGCGAAAACGAAUUGAUUUAUAUAAAAAAAAUGGAGUACCUCUCACAGUUUUAUGAUGGCUGGCGGGAUCUUAUGGACAACAAAUCAGAUCCGCGCACCCGUGACUAUCCGCUUAUGGGCUCACCGUUCCCAACGAUAGCAAUCAGCUUGACAUAUGCAUAUAUUGUAAAGGUACUGGGACCUAAACUAAUGGAAAACAGAAAACCCUUCGAGCUGCGCAAAGUUUUGAUUGUUUACAAUGCGAUGCAGGUUCUUUUUAGCAUGUGGCUGUUCUAUGAGUCUUGCAUAGGUGGAUGGCUGAAUGGCUACAGCUUAAGAUGCCAGCCCGUUGAUUAUUCGUAUUCACCCGUUGCGAUACGUACUACAAAGGGCUGCUGGUGGUACUACUUCUCCAAGUUCACAGAGUUCUUCGACACGUUCUUCUUUGUGAUGCGCAAGCGAUAUGAUCAGGUGUCCACACUGCACGUGAUACAUCAUGGCAUUAUGCCGGUGUCCGUUUGGUGGGGCGUCAAAUUCACGCCCGGUGGCCACUCGACAUUCUUUGGAUUCCUGAACACAUUCGUGCACAUCUUCAUGUAUGCGUAUUACAUGCUGGCUGCGAUGGGACCCCGGGUGCAGCGUUAUCUCUGGUGGAAGAAAUAUCUGACUGUGCUGCAGAUGAUACAGUUCGUGCUGGUCAUGGUGCACUCGUUCCAGUUGUUCUUCAAGAACGAUUGCAACUAUCCCAUCGGAUUUGCCUACUUCAUUGGCGCCCAUGCGGUGAUGUUCUAUUUCCUGUUCUCCAACUUCUACAAGCGGGCCUAUGUGAAGCGCGAUGGCAAGGACAAGUCGGCUGUUAAGGCCAAUGGGCAUGCCAACGGUGCGAUGAAGCAGCUCAAGGAUGGAGAUAUUACGCAACGCAAUGGCCACCACACGACUGGUACUAUGAAUAGGUUCCACAACACAUUCAACAAAUUCACGACCGUUAUGUGCAAUCCGGCGUUGAACUCGAACACGAACUCGACGCGACAACGGAUCCUUGUCAAUGCGGGUAACAAGUGAAGCAAGUGAAGCCGUCGCUAGCCAAGCAGCCAGCCAGCCAACCAAGAAACAAAGCAUAAAUUAAUUAAAUGUAACAAAGUAAAUUACCGUACCAUUUAAAUAAACAUAAGCAUAGGGAGUCCAAGCGUA